CGGUACACACCGAAAAAUGUUCAUACUGAAAUUGCUUGACUCAAGCCAACGGUGUGUCAGCGGCAAAACGAUUCUUUCUUUUCUUUGACGUUCUCGAAGAAGUAAAGUUGUGUCUCAUUUUGCAUUACACGUUUCGUGUCAAAAAAUACAGACUUAAAAAUGCGUUACGUGGCUGCAUACUUAUUGGCUGUCCUCGGUGGCAAAGAAUCGCCGUCGAACGCAGAUAUUGAAAAAAUCCUCAGCUCCGUUGGUAUCGAAGCCGAUGGCACCAAAUUGAGCAAAGUCGUUGCUGACCUUAAAGGCAAGAGCAUCGAAGAUUUGAUCAAGGAAGGACGCGAAAAAUUGUCCUCAAUGCCAGUUGGUGGUGGUGCUGCUGUUGCUGCCGCUCCAGCUGCCGGUGCUGCACCAGCUGCUGAAGCCAAGGCUGACAAAAAAGAGGAAAAGAAGGAAGAAUCAGAAGAAGAGGAUGAUGACAUGGGCUUCGGUCUUUUCGAAUAAAUCAAAAACCCUUCGAUUGUAUUCAAUUCGUUUUUCGCAUCUGAUGCGGGUGAUUUUUACACAAUAACCAUCGUGUGUAAAAUAAUAAGUAUGUUGUAAUUAAUGCCAUCGUCAACAAACAAAAAAUGAAGGAUUCGAAAACACGGAUUAUUUCUAUGAAAUAAUUUUCAUAAAAUAAAAUUUUCCGAAAAACACACAAAAAAAAACAAA